GUACAAGAAGUCAAGAACUUGAGCAUAAAAGCAGAACAGCCAACCUUCUUUUGGAAGUUGCUCUCUUUUUCUCUCCUCUUGUGCAGAUUCUCUAAACCACUAGUUAUCCUUUUAGUGCUAUCAAUAUCCAAACUCAAAAAGAAAAAAAAAAGAUGAAACGAAUGGAUAUCUUCUGUGCAUCCCAAGCUUCAACAGCCAUAUGUUUGAGCAUGGAUCAAGCCUCAUCCUCUUGCUCCUCAGCAACCACCAUUCAACUUGGUGGUCGAGCCAUCGAUCGCCACAACCCCAUCAUUAGAGACGCCAAAAGAUUCACCAGAACUCUGCCUUCCAACCCUUGUACAUCUCAGCCACCUCCAAUCAAUCCUUUACCUUACCAUCAGCUCAGGAAGAAUGAAAAAAGGUCUUCAAGCAAGUCAAAUAAUCAUCCUACAAAGAAGAGUAGUUCUGCAGUUUCAGCUAAGCCCAAUGAUCACCAGAAGAGUUCGAAUAAGAACAGUUCAUUGAAGCCAACUGAUGUAGUUAGCAGGAAAAGCACUUCAGAUAUUAAAGCUGCAGAUACCAGUGGGAAGACCUUUGCCAAGGCGGUUGAUUUUGUCACCCCUCCUGGCUCCUCUAGGUAUCUCUUGGGUGACUCUGCGCUUUUUGAUGAUUAUGAUCCAGUUUGGGCAUUGGUUCCUGCAGAAGCAAAGAAGAUUCAAGCUAUAAAGCAAGAUCAAUCCAUCGUUUCCAAACCCUCUUCCUCCUCUCUCUCAGAGAAGCCUUCCACACAUCAGGUUGUGGUUUUAAAGGUGUCACUACAUUGCAAAGGCUGCGAAGGAAAAGUGAGGAAACAUCUGUCUAGAAUGGAAGGUGUGACAUCUUUCAGCAUCGACUUCGCAGCGAAGAAGGUGACAAUUGUUGGAGAUGUAACGCCAUUAGGCGUCCUGGCUAGUGUGUCAAAGGUGAAGAGUGCCCAAUUUUGGACAUCUGCCAUGUCUGCUUCAUCUGCAACACCAGCUCUUGCCUCAGGCAAUUUAGCAACCAAUAAAUGAUAAUAAGAAGUAAUCUUGUUAGGUCUUUGAAGAAGAAAACUAAAGAAAUCAGACUAAUUUUGCGUGUUAAACUGAUAAUUUAGUGUGUACAUGGAACUUGGUAUUUUUAGCCGAAUCAGAAUCUAUUUGCAAACUAUGUUCCAAGGGACUCUUUCGUUCUGUUUGGGCAAAAAAGAGUAGCAUCUUUUAGGCAUUGACAACAAUUAAAAUCUGCUUAGGCCAUGACCCAUUCUCUCAUUUUGUUCCCCAUGGUUUUCCCCAUGACUACUGUCAUCCCUUGGAGCUUCCAUGUAACAUAUUCCUUUCUCGAUUUUAGCUUAACUAUUCAAUUAACCUGUUCACCUGAAUUUUUUUAGGAAUUCGUAAAGAAAUGUUGGUUACAGGCUCAAGGCCAUUUCCUUGGUCCAUCUUUCAAUAGCUUUAACAGUUUUAUACAGGGAAACGAAAACCACAGUAGAUUUCCAUUGAGAACUUCACAAGGAAGCAAACAAAGAGUAAAACGAUUACCACAAGUCUACUACUUUAAGCUUCCAUCCCACUUUGAUUAUCUGACAUCAGAGAUCAGACCCAACUAUUUACUUUCCGUAAACUGUGAAUGGAGCUUGGGAAAAAUACAAAUUUGAGGUGGUGAAAAAAAAAUGCAGAAGAGAAAAGCCAAUGGACACUCUUCCCAGCAACGAUUGGUUCCUUCAAAACCCAUAUUUUAUAGAUCAUGCCUUUCCCUUGCUUUUUUCUUCUUUUAAAACAAGAGACAAAGAAAGAACCAGAAAUCAUCAAAUUCAGAGCGCACAGGAUGAUAAUUAACUAC